UUCCUCUGUCAAAGGCCAAUUCCUUAACUUUGCCAUGAGAACAUUGUAGGUGAAAUGUUCUACACAGCCUUCUGGUUGUAUAAUUUGUGUUCUGUCCCUAUAGGUAGAAACUAAGGAAAGCCAAAUGAUGUAUAGAUUUCUGGGCAAGGAAUCAGGAAUUAAUUGAGAAAACGUACAGGCUCUGAAAACUAGGAGGCCCCAUUGAGGGCAAGCACAGCUUUGUCAGUGGGACAGAAAUACUCAGUAUCCAUGCAGCUAAAUCACCCUGUUUCCUCUCAGAAUUUUGCUUGCUAUUAUUGCUUUUUCUUUUCUGCCAGCACUGACCAACCAGCUCCAUUUCCAGAGUGAUGUCUUGCUGGGCCUAAGAGCUGUUCUGCUUCUAUAAAGUGAUCUUUUUAUUGUGCCUCAGCCAUGGUUCCCUAAUUGUUGGCUUGUUGGCUGUCCCUCUGGGGCAUCCUUGAGUUCUGCCUUGAGAGCUUACCAUCGCCUUCACACACAGCUGGCAGCAGGUGUGUAGUGGCAAAAUAGCCCCUUCGAGUAAUUAGACGGAGGCAACUGACGGAUUUUCUUUCUCAUGGCCAUCAGCACGUAUUUAAAAGGAAAUGCUUUCUCCAACUUGAGGCAGAAAUUAUUGCAUAACAGGAAACUCCUGUUAAUCAGGAGCUCUGAUUCAGAGAAGCUCCAUUUUUAAUUCUUCCAACUCUGUCACCCGGGGAAAUGUUAAAUUCCUAAAGAGCCCUUUAAUCUCAUUAUUGUAAAUCCUAAUAAUCAGAUUUGUGACUAAGGUCUGUAUGUUGUCUGUGAGUUGACUUCAUGUGAUUCCUCAAAGCUUACCUACUUUGCAGAUAACAGCAUAUGUGAUAGUGAAAAUGGUUAAACAAUAAAGACGCUAUUUAAUGACAAGUCUUUCUUUUGCUCUCAGCCUUGACCCCCCUUUCUUUCCUUCUUUUCCUCAGAGGUCACCAGCUUCCUGGAUGCUUAAAGCAGUCCUUGUUACUUUGGUCUUGAUGAAAAUUGCUCCAGAAACUCGUCGUCUGAAAGAAGUAGCCCUGAAUGAAAGGAUAUGUCUGCACGUGGGGACCCAGUGCAGCACCAAGGAAAGUGAGAAGCCUAGCAUUUUGAAAGAAAAAUGCACUCCAGUCCCUGAAGGUGAUCCUGAGUCGGCUGUGACCGAGCUACAAUGCAUUUGGCACAACCUCAGCUACAUGAAAUGUACUUGGCUCCCUGGAAAGAAUACAAGUCCUGACACUAACUACACUCUCUCCUACUGGCACAGGAGCCUGGGGAAUGUUCUUCAGUGUGAAAACAUCUUUAGAGAAGGUCAACACCUGGGCUGUUCCUUUGCUCUGACUAAAGGGCCACAGUCCAGUUUAGAACAGCACAGUGUCCAAAUAAUGGUCCGGGAUGAUGCAGGGAAGAUCAGACCAUCCUACAGGAUCAUGCCUUUAACAUCUCAUGUGAAACCUGACCCUCCACAUAUCAAAAAGCUCUUCUUCCAUAAUGGAGAUUUAUAUGUGCAAUGGAAGAAUCCAAAGAAUUUUUUAAGCAGAUGUUUAUUUUAUGAAGUAGAAGUCAAUAACAGCCAAACAGACAUGCAUCAUACUUUCUACAUUGAAGAGGCCAAAUGUCAUAAUUCAGAAUUUGAGGGAGACAUGGAGGAAACAAUUUGCUUCAUGAUCCCUGGUGUUCUUCAGAAUACUUUUCAUACAGUCAGAGUAAGAGUCAAAACAAAUAAGUUAUGCUAUGAAGAUGACCUCUUCUGGAGUAAUUGGAGUGAAGUGAAGAGCAUUGGUACAAAGACCAAUUCCACACUAUACAUAGCCAUGUUACUCACCAUUCCAGUCAUCGUUGCAGGUGCAAUCAUUGUCCUUCUGCUUUAUCUGAAAAGGCUUAAGAUCAUUAUAUUCCCUCCAAUUCCUGAUCCUGGCAAGAUUUUUAAAGAAAUGUUUGGAGACCAGAAUGAUGAUACCCUGCACUGGAAGAAGUAUGAUAUCUAUGAGAAGCAAACCAAAGAAGAGACUGACUCAGUAGUGCUGAUAGAAAACUUGAAGAGAGCCUCUCAGUGAUGGGGAUAAUUUAUUUUAACCUUCAAUGUGACCUUCUAGAGAUUCAUCCCAUUCUCCAUUUGUUAUCUGGCAAUUGGUUAAAUGGAAACUGAAACUACUGGACCAUUUAAAAUAGGCAGCUCUUAAGAGCCCCGUAUCUUUAAGUUGAGUGCGAGAAACAUAAUGGGCCCUUUGGAGAAGAGAGCUGACUUAUAUUCCCUUUGAAUUAUAAAAGCAGACGAGACUUGCCUAAGCUCAAACUAGAGGACAAAGCAAAAAAUGAUGAUGGCAGUAAAGUUACUCUUGUCAAGAGUCGUGACAGUUUCCUGAAGGUCUAUGCCUGCUUUGUAUUCUUUGUGUCAGAAUAUGCGAACAAAUUUACUUCAUGGAGGAAUUAAUUCUGGGUGCCAAUGCUUCACAUGAACCUUGAGUCACAGAAAACAUCUAGCAAACUGUCAUCUGUUGUUUGGGGUCCCAUCGAGCGAAGUCUGUGGCUGUUAAAAUUCUUAACAAUUUAGAGUCAUCAUCCCUCUCAGCAGUGUUUCCCUCUACUUUGAAAGGCGCCUCUGAUGGUGAUGGCUACAGAAACAACAGGCAGCUUCUUCCUCAUCUGGACCAUCCAAGGCCACUGCUGGCUUUUCUCAGAGAAUGGCUCAUCAGGCGUUAGAGCUGGAAGGACAUAGUCUCUAAUCUCUUUUCUUCAGCCUCUGUUCCUCAAAUCAAGUACUUACUAUGUGUCUAGAUUGUGCUGGGCCCCAAGUGUGAGGUGAGGUUGCUUUCAAAAGGAUUGAAAUCUAGUUGGGACUCCUCAGUUCUUACCAUUUUCGUUAUCUUCCCUUGGGUCAUGUUUUUAGACCUUUCAACUCCCCAGUACCCACACAUUUCUCCAUUCCCUACCCCCUUCACCUUUUACAGUGCACUGUAGCUUUUCACCUUUCAUUAGAUAAUAGAAUAAAUAGAAAUCUGCUUAGAACACCUAGAAGAGCAGGGGGUAAUUUGCAUCUCAGGAAAAGUGUGAAUAGACUGAGAAACAAUAACUAAUUCUUGCAUAUUUUAUAACUUCUGGAUGAGUCUGCAUUUGCUUGAAAAUUGUUGGCUUUUACAGAUUUUUCUACGCAUUUUCCAAACAGAAAGGAAGUAUUAUCUUCGUCUAGAACUUUUUUUGAUUUGCUUGAGGAGAAAAAAGAAAAGUUCUAUCUUUAUUUUUUUCUUUAUAGUAUUGAACCCUACAGUUCUUUGUUUUCUGUAACACAUUUUUACAUAUGUUAAAGUUCUCAGGCAUCUCUCUUAAAUAAUUCCCAUUAUUUAAAAUAAGUUUCAGAAUAUGGUUUGAGGUUAAACAAAAUGUUUUUCCAAAAUCAGUUUUGUCAUUAGUUGAUGUUUAACUUUCACAAAUAUCUGCCCUUAUUUUCUCGUUGGUUCCAAUCAGGUCAUCAGCAUCUCAGUCAGAACAUCUGUGAGGCUCUUUUUGAAGGUUCUUCCACCAUCCGUGGCUCUGCUCCUUGCCUCCCCUCUGGUUUGACAGUAUGUCGUGACUCCUAGUUAUGGAGGUCUCCAGCAUCACAUCCCUAUACAGGGUCUAACUAGCAUCAUACAGGUCUCACCAUUCUUCCCAGGUGAAGUUCACAACCAUAUCCUGAAAUGUAACCGCCCCUGGAGACUUAUUCUUUGUCUGUUGCUCUUAGAAACACACUCUGGAAGGAUUCUGGAAGCAGAACUGGGAGAGAAGGCAAAUGGCACAGUCACGAAGAUCUAGUGUGGCUCACUCCUAGGUUUUAGGUGUCACUAUCCAAAGCUCUUUGCACGUCAGCCCCCUCAACCUAGCUCAGGUUUCCUGAAAGGUGGGCUGAACUGCCAGCAGCACCCAGUCUUCCACAGCUUCUGGAGGAGGUGGUAUCAUCCAUUGUUGUUCACUCUGGGCAGAAGCAUCAAACUGGUUGUCCAUGCGGAGCUAGGAUGGUAUCCGUCCUUUGGCUCUUUGGCUUUGCUCUGAACGGCUAGCCAGAAGGCUCAGGUCCCGGGUUAUCCACAGGUAGCAUUCUUACUCAGAUGCUGUGCUGUCUCUUCAUGCUUCAUUGGAGCUACAUUCAGGGACACAGGUCACACUGAGUCAGCAGCAGCCUAGUCCACAAAAGGUUAUUAGUAGGUUUCCUAUUUGCAUUAAAGGCAGCAUCCAAGGCUCCAGUGUUGGCAUAAUUUUUUAUUUCCUGCAUAUGUUAAGGCUCUAUUUUUAUGCAAUUAUACAACCUAGCUAUGUAUAUGUUAUGCAUGGAUAUGCAUAUCCAUGUAUGUGUAUAUAUAC